AUGUACUCGCCAAAAUUCGCAUUGGUCAUUAGCCUGGUGAUUUUCACCGCUCACAGUGUCCAACCAUUUGGCGGUAAGUCGUUUACAAACCUAUGCGUUAUGUAGAUUUAGGAUACCUAUCAUAUAAAAUUAUUAUUAGUUUACUUUUAUUUUUUUUUCACUAGUGUGGCACAACAACACUAGUCACGUUAUACUAUUGUAGUAGGUAUAUUAUUAUUACCUAUCAAUAAAAUGAUAUCAAUGAUUUUUUUUUUUUUGUAUUUUAAGAUUUUAAAACUCAAUAAUCAAAAUAAUGCAAGCUCCGAUUUUAGAUUUUUAAGUUAAAAUUGCAAAUGUAUACAACUAUUAUUCUCUAUGUAAAAAAAAAAAUCUUAAAAUCGAUUUUAUUACCGAAAAUGGACGCCAUAAGAUAAUUAUUUAAUUUUUUCCACAAUUAUCUCGUUUUUCAUUUAAGAGAGUAGCUGAUCAUCUAUCAUUUUUAAUCUACUUCUUUGAAAUAUCUUGUAUAACUUUAUGAAUCGUUUUCUUUCUAUCAACUUAAUAAUAUUAUUUUUGAACAUAUUUUCAUCUGCUCGUUAGACAUCUGAGCAGAAAAAAAAUACAAAUAAUAAUUCUAAUAAAAACAAUCAUUACUUUUAAAUAUAUUAUAUAUAGGAUUAAGGACUUCUAGCUUUUGUAUUUUAUUUUAUUAUAAAACGAUUUUGGUUGAAAAGGGUCAGGUCCAUAGUACCUAAUACCUAUAGUCGAAUACACUAUCGAAAAAUAAUUAAUUUAGUAUUAAACAAUAUAUAUUAAUGAAUAUUAAACAAUCUGAUCAAUAACUCUCAAAUUAUUCAUUUCAAAUUACAAAGGUUUCAUGAAAAUUAACAUUAAUAGUAAUAAUAAUAAUAAAAAAAUAGCUGACACUGAAGACGAGUGUGUAAGGUAAGAAGUUUGAUAGGUAGUAUACAUAAAGUUAAUUAAUUUACACGCGCAAGCAACGAUGAACGAUUGCUAACGAAAAACGAUUCAAAGCGAAGUUCGACCAUACAUGUUUUAAAAGACGAAAAUCGUAAAUAUUACAAUUUACAAUUUUCGUCAAAUUGAUACUAAACAUUUUUUAAAAAAAUACUACAUUACACUAUUUUUUUUUUUUUUUUACCUCUAAGUACGACUUAUAAUAAAACUCCUGUUAAGUUUCCAAGCAUUUCUUUGUAGUCUAACAAUUUUAUUCACAAAUUAAAAAUCGCAGAAUUAAAAUAGCUCAAAAAUGAUUCGAAUGUUUUGAACUUAUUACCAUAUCUAUAAAAGGGUUACAUAAAAUUUUAAGUCUCAACAAAUAUUAUCAACUGAAUUACAACAGGAAAAAAGAAACGAAAUAAUAAAAACAUUAUUUUCGUAAAUUGUCUCGUUCUUGCUAAAUUAUCCAAAAAAAAAAUAUUGAGAAAAUCAAAAAAUGACCUUCCCAAUGCAUCAACUAGAUAACUCAACUUUUAUUUUCUAUAAAGGUGCUAAACUUGAUACAUCGGAGUGAGAUUUCUAAAAAGUUGUCCACAGAUACAAAAAAAAAAAACACGUCGUAGUAAAACCAAUAGAUCUCUCAUCUCUUGCUACGCUCUAAAUCUAAAAUAAAUAAAUGAAUAAAUAAGUUACAAGUCAAGGUUUUAGCAUACAAUUUUAAUAAAAAUAAUUGUAAAAAUAAUUUUUAAAAACAUAAUUUAAUUAGAAUAUAUUUUAGUGCAUAUGAUUAGGUUGUUUUUUUAAAACAUACAUAUAUGCAAAAAGGCAUGAUUUUUAAAGCUAUAAGUCCUAAAUUUAAUUAUACUCAAGGUCCAAGCUGUCCUCGGAAUCUAAAUUAUGACAAAUUCUGGGUUUAAUUAAUUUAUGCUAUGAUAAAAAAAAAAUGAUCAAUUAAAGUUAAAAAGUUAAUUCGAUUUUUAAAUUAAUUAUCACUUAACUUUUAAUAAUUAAAAUUGAAUGUGUUAACUCAUUUUUAAUUUUAUGAAUUAAUAUUAUUCGAUAACUUGCACUCUCUUGAUUAUAAUAUACUUAGUAGGUAGUCACUAGUUACCUAAUAAAUUAAUGUAGUAAAAAGAGUAUGCAAAACCAAAAUGUAAACAUUUUUUAAAUUCACAGUGAAAAAAUUGUUUUCAAAAUAAUCUCAAAUUUCCUAGGUUACAAAAUAUAUUGUCUAAUUAUAAUAUUUCAGAGUUAAUAUGGUAGUAAAAUUGCUUGUAAACCUAACAUAUAUAUUUAUUAUCUUUCAAAUUUAACUCUAUUCUUCUUGACUUUAUGAAGUGGCUUCGGUGUGCUUAUUCAUAUACUUAUUAGUAAAGACCGGAUUUUGCAUAUUUAUUUAAUGUGAAAAAAAUUAAUUUAACUUUUGAAUUGCAUUGUUUUACUGCGUUUGUACAAUAUAUUUGCAGUAUUCCAAGCUAAGUUGAAAUCAGAUAUAAAGGUUUUAAGUUUUUGUUGACUAAAGCGCUGGUAUUCAGAAGUAAAAAUUGUUCGCCGCCCUCCCUCCACGGAAUUGACCCGAAGACGUCCCUAAGCAAUACUAUUAACCGAGCUCAGCUUAGAAUCUUUUUUUGUUGGUAUUACUUAAAUUUGAUUAGGUACAGAUGUACAUUGAAUUUCUCUGGAUAUCUUACCUUCUCAACUUCUCAUCUCUAACAAUGGUUUACCUAUUGUACGAAGUAUAUCGGUCGUUUUUUCUUUUCAAUCGUUCGAUCGUUAAUAUUAAAUUUAAUUAUUUCGCCACACCCCUCCCCCCUAUAGUCAAGGUCUGGAGAUAUCCCUGGAUACCAUUGUACAAUUGACGAACAAUGUAGCCCCGCGAUUUAAAUCAAUUGUUUACAGCUGAUGAUGAUUAUAACUGAUGACACGAUUAAAGUUUUGAUUGCUGAUAAUGAAAAUUGUUGUCAAUUAUUUAUUUAUAUAGUAAUAUACCAAUUGUCGUAGCAACGCAUGUUUACACAGAACAGACAAAUGUCACGGUAAUGUCUCUAAAAACUCGAACAUUGUGUCGCGGAAAUGUUUCCAUUAUGUCGUAGAUUUGCUGGAAAUUAAAAUGUUGUUAUUUGUCAGCCUAAUGUAAACCUAGCAUUAUAUUUAUAAGUUUUAAUCUAAUCCCAUAUCUAAAUGGUGGCGGACGUUUAUUUAGAAAAUAAGCACUAUAAUUUAACGAAUGUGCCCCGGCCAUAAAGAAUAUAUGUACGUAUACCUAACACAGAAUAAUUGUAUGGUUAAUUUAAAUUCAACAUUUGAUAUUCGGUACCAUUUGAAUUUUCGGUAGGUGAAUGUAUUUAUGAAGUACCGUGUAAGACCUUUUUUAAGGUGGUUCGGCGUUUCUGAUAGGUUUUAAAAAAAUGUUGAAUACCUACACUACAAAAAAUCUGCACACAUCUAUAGUAUGUCAUAAAUAAUAUUAUUAUAAUUCGAUAAUUCGAUUCAUGUUUGUAGGCUUGGGCGUGAUUACUAAAUCGCAUGUCCAGUUCUUUAAUGGACAUGAAAUCCAAAAGACGAUUCCUAUUCACUGGGAAAAUAUUAAUACGAUAGCCAAAUUGGACCCCGAAACAAGACAUGUAUAUAAAAAUGAAAAACCGAACCCGCCGGUUGAUAUAAAGGACCUUAAUGAUGGAAUAUCCCAUGAAGAAAAUACUAAAAAACAACCGACCAUUGCAAAAAAAAACAGUGACGUAAAUUGGGACCAUCAUAAUAUGGUAGCUACAUACGACCCCGUUGAAAAACAAAUAUAUUUUAGUGGACAGCAGAUGAAUCAGAAAAAUGCAAGUAUAUACCGGCUUAAGCAAACUGGAAACCCAGAACAUCCCCAUUUGGAAAUCGUCGUCUCAGGUAAUUCGUAUUUUGGCUAUAAAUCAAACGUUUUUAGAACAUUUUACAAACGACUCCCGGACAACCUAUACUAAAUAAAAUGACAAAAAUAUAUACACUAUUAUGCAGGUCGGUUUAUAUUUUCUUAUUUUGGUUUUCUCAGAACAAAAUGAAAGUGUUUCGGGUAUGACUUUUAAUGACCACACGAACACAUUGUACUGGACCUCCGGUAACACCAUCAAACACACAAAGGUCGUACAACCCAUGAUCAUGUAUCCAUCUAAUGGAACCGUUUUGAUGAGAUUAGAAGAAUCUAUUCCUGGCGAAAUACAAGUUGACAAAUGUAGAGGGUGAGUAACAAUUAUAAACAGAUUAUGGCUGUGUAUCUCAUUAGUUUGGCUUGAUGAUGAUUGAUGAACGAUAAUUUUACGUGGUGCAAAAAUAUGUCAACCGGUAUUUGCGAUGAUUCGGUACCUACUCUUACUUAAUUAUAGUAAAUCGAUAAAAAAAAAUGUGCGAAAUUAAAAUUCCGUACGUAUUAAAGUACUUACUAUUUUUCUAUGAAUAUGAACAUUAUUUCUUAUAAAUAUAAUUGAGAUUAUUAAGAAGAUAAUAAUUAAGAAGAUAUUUUAUUAAUCAUUAUUAACCAUAUAAAACUUCAGUCAAGUUAUAAUGCUAUACAAGUCACUGAUUUUGUCCAAUAUAUUCGUUUAAUGUAUAUUAUAAUUAUAAGGUUCGGGUCUUAUAGCACUUAAAAUUAACAAUCAAGCACUUAAAAAACUCUUGAAAGCCUUCAUGACUUUCUAAAGCUCAAAAAGGACUGGAAGUGAGGAAAUAAGCACCUACAAAUAUUUUAAUGUAAAAAAAAUUAGACACACAUUUUUUUUUUAAAUAAUCCAAAUAACAAUAGAAAUAGCUGAUACUGGGGACUAAUAAUACUACAUUACACUCAAUUUUUUUUUGACAAUUAAGUAGAACUUAUGAUGAACCUUCUGUCAAAUUUUCAAUCAUUUCUGUUUAGUUUAACAAUUUUUUUUCACAGAAUUAUCUACUAAAUAAAAAUUACGCAAAAAAAACUCGUAAAAUUAAAACGUCUAUAAAAAAAAAUCAUCUCAAAAAUAGCUUAAAUUUUUUGAACAUUUUCCAAUUUUUUUUUUUUUUUUUGUUUUCUUUUUCAAUUUUACCUAACUAUUAAGAAAACUACAUGGAAAAUCAAAAACAGACUCUUCCGCACUAACAAAACAAUAUUUUCUUUCAAAACACAUUCUCUUGAAAUUUUAAGAAGAUUUUUGGAAGAAAACAAAAUAUUUAAAAUAAUGAAAUCUUUAACGCUGUAGCACCGUAAAUAUAUUUUUGUUUUUCUUUAAGAGUUUCCCAAUUAUUAUGAAUAUCACUUGGAAAGUUAAAAAAGUCUCCCCCAAUGAACUAUAGAUCUAUAAAAGGUCGUAUGACAUUUGUCGAUCGAAGCAAGAUUUUCGAUAGAAAAUAUAGAACUGAUCACAGACCGAACUCACACAGUAAAACAAAUACUAAAUUGGAUCGCUACGCUUCAGUAGUGACACCAGAGUUGUGCCGUGGCCAACCCUAAAAUCUCCCCGAUCACAGUUGGUCCACCAAGUAUAAUUUCUUUGUAUUUUUGUUUUGUGUCACAGCAUAUUUUAAAAUAUAUAUAAAUACGUAUAAAAUGUAGAAAUCAAUUAUAGUAUGUUUAAAUGUAAGUAAUUUAAAAUUAAGCUAAAAUCAUAUAACCUAUCUUGAUUUUUUCCGAAAUUAAGAGAACAGCCAAAAAAAAUAGUGGAUACUACUAAAAUAAUGAAAAAAAGUCCUACUUACUUACGAACUAUAUCCAAAAUGCAACAAAAAAAGUAUCUUGUAAUUUUUCGUUUUGGAGCAAGAUCUAGAUGAAAAGUUGUUUAUACUCACAAAAAAAAAAAAAACAACAACAUAUCAUAGUAAAACUUAUAGAUCCCUCGUUACGAUCAGAAUCUAAAACGAAUCAAUAACGUUUUAUGAAUAAUGUAAUAUGCAAACUAUAUUAUGAACAAUUGAUGUAGAUAUAAUAAUUGUAUUUUUAGAUUUCUUAUUGAAAAUUUCAUAAUUUAAGUAUAUAAAUACACGAAAGUAACUCUUUUUUUUGCUAACGUAUCAUUUUAACCAUUUGAUAGUCGAUCAAAUAAUUAUUGUUUAAUAAUAAUUAAUAAUAAUUAUUCUCGUUACGUUACUGCCCUCCUCCAACUCGGUACAACCAAAUAAACAAUCCUGGCACCGCCUAACCUAACCCAACCCUACACUCAGAAUCUAAUAACACUUUCAAAUUUCAUUUUUAAAUUCGUUGUAACAUACAUAAAUUUCCAUUAUACUCUUCUAAAUUCCAUGUGAAACCAACAAAAUAAACAAAUGCUAUAAGUCCCGAACCCAGAUUAUAAUAAAUAUACGAUCUCUCGGUUAGAAUAGAAAUAAUUAUAACGGCUAUUGUAAUCGUUACAAUAGAAGUUGCAUUAAAAUCGUAAAUUGAUGAACAAUAAUAAUAUACCUUUUACUUUUGACUCCUCCCCCAGGUAUUUGUAUUACACCAACUGGCUGAGAAGUGGCUUAGGUAGGACUUCCACCAUCGAGCGAACGCGAUUGGACGGUUCCCACCGGGAAAUAUUGUUUAACUUCGAAGGGUUGGUGUUGCUCGCCUUAACGGUCGAUUCUGCGGAUAAUCGGUUAUACUGGGCCGUAUUGGACCCAUCAAAGAGGCGCAACGCCUUCAGCGUGGAGAGCAGUGAUCUCGAUGGUGGUUCCAGGAAAAUGGUGAUUGGUGAACUGGAUCACUUACCGCGUGGCAUCGUUCUGGACGGAAACCUCGUAUACUGGUUCGAUACCCGGAGCAAAAGUCUGUGGAAAACGCCCAAGAACGGUAGCGAGUUCCCGACCAAGGUCAUCAAAUUCAACGAUAACAAUAACCUGCCAACAAGAAUUAUGACGGCCAACUCUUGCAGUCAUAAUUGCGCCAAAGUACAAAAAAAACAGCACUCUAAGGCCGACGAAUAUAUCAAAAGUAUUGUAGGACAUUAUCCAUCGGAGACUAUUAGUAUUGUGGAUUUAUCUUAA